AUGGACCUUACCAACCACCUCCCGUCUGCCUUGUGGCAGGAGGCACGAAAUGAUGCAGGUCGCGUUUAUUACUACAAUGUGCAGACGAAAGCCACCCAGUGGAACAAGCCUACAGAGCUGAUGACUCCAGUUGAGAUUGCUCUGGCGAAUCAACCAUGGAAGGAAUACACUACUGAUGCUGGUCGUAAAUACUGGUACAACACAGAAAGCAAGCAGAGUACAUGGGAGAUGCCGCAGGUUUACAAAGAUGCACUUGCCCAGGCGCCCGCGCCCCCGGCACCUGCUGCGGCGCCUACAUUUGUUGCAGGCGGGACCUCUUUGUCCACACAAAUCCAGCACCGCGACCAGCACCGCGAACGCGACGACCAUGACCGAGGUGAUCGCGGGUUUAGCGACCGGCGCGGUGGAUACGGAUCGUAUGAAGCCAACGCUAUACUUGCGACACCGGAUUUCAAGUCCCAGGACCCCAACUAUCAAUCUCUUGAGGAGGCAGAGAGUGCGUUCAUGAAGAUGCUGAAGCGCCACAACGUGCAACCCGAGUGGACUUGGGAAGACACUAUGCGAGCCACGAUCAAGGACCCCCAAUACCGUGCUCUGAAGGACCCACGUGACCGCAAGGCAGCUUUCGAGAAGUAUGGGGUUCAAGUGCGAAUGCAGGAAAAGGAACGCGCGAAAGAAAGAUUCGCCAAGCUCCGCGUGGACUUCUUCACCAUGAUGAAGCGUCACCCCGAGAUCAAAUACUACAGUCGCUGGAAGACAAUCCGUCCGAUCAUCGAGGGAGAGACCACGUUCCGGUCUACCAAUGAAGAAGACGAAAGGCGCCAGCUCUUUGAAGAAUACAUUCUUCAACUCAGAAAGGAUCAUUUCGAACAAGAAACCGCCACGCGCAAGGCCGCUAUGGAUGAACUAACUGCUAUUCUGGGUUCACUCAACCUAGAACCUUACACGCGCUGGUCCGAAGCACAAGCUAUCAUUCAGUCCAACAGUAAAUUCCAAGGGGAUCAAAAGUUCAAGAGUUUGAGCAAAUGUGACGUUCUCACGGCUUUUGAAACCCACAUCAAGUCCCUAGAGAGGGCUUUCAAUGAUGCUCGCCAGCAGCACAAGGCAGCGCGCGCCAGAAAGGAGCGUAAGAACCGGGAGCAGUUUGUGAACCUCCUGAAAGAGCUCAGAUCUCAGGGUAAGAUCAAGGCGGGCACUAAGUGGAUGAAUAUCUGCCCGCUGAUCAAAGACGAUCCCAGAUAUCAUGGCAUCCUGGGCCAGCCUGGGUCAACUCCUCUCGAUCUGUUCUGGGACGUCGUGGAAGAUGAAGAGCGCGCUCUGCGCGGACCUCGGAAUAGUGUGCUGGAUGUGCUAGAUGACAAACGAUUCGAAGUCACGGGCGGAACCACAUUUGAUGAGUUUAGCUUCAUCAUGUCUGCCGACCGCCGCACCUCUAAGAUCGACCCCGAGACCCUCAAUCUCAUCUUCCAGCGUAUCCAAGAGAAGGCAGUCCGCCGCAUGGAAGACGAGAAGUAUAUCGCCGAUCGCCAACAGCGCCGUGCCGUGGAGGCGCUGCGGUCUCGUAUCAAGCGCUUGGAGCCGCCUGUUCGGGCCACCGAUACCUGGGCGGAGGUCUAUCCCCGCCUGGAGAAAUACGACGAAUACAAGGCCCUCGAGUCAGAUGAGCUCCGGGAGUCUGCCUUCGACAAAACCGUUCGCCGGCUGAAGGAAAGAGAGGAGGAGGCAGAGAAGGACCGCGAAGCCUACAGCCAGAACCGUGGCCGACGUGACCAUGACCGUGUCGAUCGCGAUUACCGCAAGGGCCGCGUGGAACGACGAGGCCCCAGCGGCCGGGUCAGUCAUACGCCGGAAAUGGACGCGUACGAGGCAGACCGUCGCAAGGCACAGGCCGAUCGCGAACGAACUUACCGCAAGGUCAGCGGUAUUUCCCCAUCUCGUGACCGUCGCGAUGAGCGUGGAGACCGUGACCGUUAUCGUAGCCGUGAUCGGGACUUUGGCCGUGGUGCACGUCCUAGAGAUCCCGAUAGACGUGAGGAUGAACGGGAGCGCCUGUACCGCACUCGCGGCGACCCUCGUGGAGGCCGUGAUGAGCUUGAUUAUGGAGGUGGUAGCAGUGGUGCGGUUGACACCCGCAGUGUGGCUAGUGGUGAUCGCCGCCGCCGGCGUGAAAGUGAUGCUGAGAGUGUGGCCAGCCGAUCUGUCAAACGUUACCGACGUGAUAGCCGCGAGCGAGACCGCAGUAAGGACGCGCGUGUACCCCGCCGCUCUGCCAUACCGGAAGAACCCAAGGAGGAUAGCAAGGACGACAAAGCCAUCCACUCUGGCAGCGAGGAAGGAGAGAUUGAGGAGGAGUAA